AUGGUUCAAUUGUUAUCAUCCAAAUCUCUUCUGCUUGGCUUGGCCACCACUACUAUCGCGGUGCCACACUCAACUCGCGGUAGUUGCGAUCAAUCCUCGCUCAACACAACCACCUUCACUUAUACCACCACGUCGGAGGAUACUAUCUUCAGCAUCGCGAAGAAAUUCGACCGUGGAGCUUGCGAUAUCGCCAGAGCAAACCGGAUGAUCGAUGCAGAGCAUAUAUUUGCCGACUUUACCCUCCGCAUCCCGGGCCAAGUCUGCCAUCCGGACAGCACAACCUGCCUCUUGACCCGGCAGAACGCGACCGCAACCUGUGUUAAGGGCGGGCCGCACGACUACAAGACCAUUGCGGGCGACACUAUUGAGAAGAUUGCGCUGUACAAGCUAAAUGUUACCGUGGACACUGUCUUUAGCGAGGCUCAGCAAGUAGGAAUUUCCUCUAUAACGGAGGAGAUACCUGCUGGAACGUUCAUUAAGGUCAAGCAGUGUGUGCCGAGUUCCUGCACUGUCACUCCCUUCCAUUUUACCUAUGGAGUUUAUAAGGACCUCGCUGAACAAUUUGGGACAACCGUUGGCCAGAUUAUGUCUUCCAAUGGAGGCUAUAACUAUAGUGAUGCCUCGGAUGCCUCGGCGGCGUGGAUUACUGUGCCGAUGGGGUGCACGAACUUAGCUUUGAACGUCACCGAGGAAAUUUAA